UUUAAUGUCCGGGAAAAAAAUAAAUGGAAGAAUGAAAGUUGGUAUCGCCUUGCUUUCAUUGAUAUUGCUUAGCGCAAUUGUUGGAAUAGUUGCCUGGCAAGUUGGACGAAAUGAUAACGAGGAACCUCAGAUUGCAGACGAGUAUGUUGUUGGGAAUUUACAACUUGAAAAAUAUACCUGGAAUUUUAAAAUUAAAAAAUCAAAUACAGAUGUUCGUCUAUCCGGACAAUUAGCUAAUACCGGAAGUAAAAAAAAUGUUGCUGAGGACUGUGGGAGUUCCGAUAAUGCUCUUUGUCUAGACUGGAUUGGUACAAAAGACUUACUUAUAUCUUAUAAUAAAUAUGCAUCUGCUGAGUGCUAUGAUAUACAUUGGAGGACACGUGCUUGCUCUGAUCAAAUUUUGUUAGAUUGUUUCGAUUUAGAUAAUGCGCACUGGUACGGUGGUUACGAGGAUUGGAACCAGUUCUGGCCUUUGGAGCAGACGACAAUGAAUCUCUCUGCUUUUGUUGCUAAUGAUUCAUACGCUAAACGCAUUGGAGGUGUACAGGAACGUUAUUUCCUCAAUUCACAAGGAGUAGGGAUAAACAUUAGUAGCGAUGUUCCGCUUUAUAUUAGCAUCAACCAAACGUCUGAUAAACAAAUAUGUCUGAUGGCUAAAUAUGAAAAGUAUCCAUAUACGAACACCAAAGGCGAAUACCCUCAUUUGUCUUACACAAUUUGCGUUGCUGAUAACGUUCGGAAGAUUCAUGAUUUUAUGUCGGCCUCAUUCUCCAAACCAUCAAAUAUUCCUGAUAGAAAAUUAUUCAAGUAUCCGAUUUGGUCAACAUGGGCUCAAUACCAUAAAGAUAUAAAUCAAACAACUGUGAUAGAGUUUGCUUCAAAUAUUUUAAAAUAUAAUUUUUCACAUUCACAAGUAGAAAUAGACGAUGACUGGACACCGAAAUAUGGUGAUAUGGUUUUUAAUGUCAAUAAAUUUCCUAAUGCAACGGAAAUGGUUAAACAACUAAAUGCAAUGGGAUUAAGAGUAACUAUUUGGGUCCAUCCAUUCUUCAAUAUUGAUUCAUUAACAUUUCAAGAAGCGAAAGAUAAAUUCUUUCUUGUAAGACAAUACGAUUCGCAAGUACCGGCCCUUGUUUCAUGGUGGGAUGGAGAUGCAGCGGGGAUUUUAGAUGUUUCAAAUAAGGAUGCAGUGCAGUGGUUUAUUAAAAAAUUACAAUUUUUACAGAAAACAUACAAUAUAAGCUCAUUCAAAUUUGAUGCAGGUGAAACAAACUGGUUGCCAAAUAUUUUCGAAACCGCUUACGACAGUCCAAAUUUCUAUCCAACUAAAUGGGCGGAGUUAGCUUAUGCCUCUGAUACUGACGUUCGACAUCAAGAAGUUCGAGUUGGUGUCAGAACACAACAUUUGCCAGUAUUUGUACGCAUGCUUGAUAAAAAUUCGAACUGGGAAAAUAAAAAUGGAUUAAAAACACUGAUCAGCACUGCAUUUACAUUCGGUUUACUCGGAUAUCCAUUCGUAUUGCCUGAUAUGAUUGGAGGAAAUGCAUAUGAAGGGAACAAACCAGAUCGUGAGUUAUUUAUAAGAUGGUUAGAGGCUACUGCACUACUUCCGGCAAUGCAGUUUUCUAUUGUACCUUGGCAGUACGACGAGGAAGUUGUCAAAAUAUCCCGAAAAUUUGUACAGUUGCACGAACAAUAUUCUGAUCUUAUAACUGAACUGGCCGAAGAAUCCGUUCGGACAGGGGCUCCUAUUAUUCGCCCUUUGUGGUGGAUAUCACCGCUGGAUAAAGAAUGUCAAAUAAUUGACUCCGAAUUUUUGCUUGGAAAUAACACACUUGUAGCACCUGUUUUAGAACAGGGAGCAAUUUCAAGAGACAUAUAUUUACCUCUUGGCAGAUGGAGGGCAUCAAUAGAUGGACUGGUUAUCAAAGGCCCUGAAUAUUUGCGUAAUUAUAGUGUGAAACUUGACGAACUACCGAUAUUUACUCGAAUAGUGUGACAACUGAAUUUAAAACAAGCAGUCCUGAUAAAUCCUUCAAAUACAAAAUAUAAAUGUUAAAAAAAACAGGUUCUUUUAUGAAACAGUCUUUAGAACUGAGGACAGGGGACUUUUUGUUUUGAUUUCUUGU